GAGGGAAGGAGCGGGAACUCGAGAUCCGCGUCGGGAAGUUUAGGUCGGCUGAGCCCUCGGCUCCCAAAGGCAGAGCCGGAAGCGCUACAGUUUGACCCACGAGUCCAUCUGUUUUCGAAGGCGUAGCCCUCUUCCUCCCGACCCUCUCCGCCUCCCCCUCUGCCCCUUCAUCCGGAGGCCGAAGCCCCCAGCCUGGGCGGGGCGGCGCAGCCCGAGCUCCCGGACCCGGAAGAAGCGCCAUCUCCCGCCUUCACCAUGGAGCCCACUGCGCCGUCCCUCACCGAGGAGGACCUGACUGAAGUGAAGAAGGACGCUUUAGAAAAUUUGCGUGUAUACCUGUGUGAAAAAAUCAUAGCUGAGAGACAUUUUGAUCAUCUACGUGCAAAAAAAAUACUCAGUAGAGAAGACACUGAAGAAAUUUCUUGUCGAACAUCAAGUAGAAAAAGGGCUGGAAAAUUGUUAGACUACUUACAAGAAAACCCCAAAGGACUAGAUACCCUGGUUGAAUCUAUUCGGCGAGAAAAAACACAGAACUUCCUGAUACAGAAGAUUACAGAUGAAGUGUUAAAACUUAGAAAUAUAAAACUAGAACAUCUGAAAGGACUGAAAUGUAGCAGCUGUGAGCCUUUUCCAGAUGGAGCCACAAACAACCUCUCUAGAUCAAAUUCAGAUGACAGUAAUUUCUCUGAAAAACUGAGAGCAUCCACCGUCAUAUACCAUCCAGAAGGAGAAUCCAGCACAGCCCCCUUUUUUUCUACUGAUUCUUCUCUAAAUUUGCCUGUUCUAGAAGUAGGCAGAACUGAAAACCCCACCUUCUCUUCAACUACGCUUCCUAGACCUGGGGACCCUGGGGCUCCUCCUUUGCCACCAGAGCUGCAGUUAGAAGAAGAAGGAACUUGUGGAAACUCUAGUGAGAUGUUUCUUCCCUUAAGAUCACGUGCUCUUUUGCGGCAAUGACAGUUUACUGCAUUUUAAUUUUUUUAAUGGUGACAAAAAAUAUUUGAAAGGAUAUGAAUCAUCUUAUAAAAUUGCUAUAAUGACUUAUUAACAUUUGAUACAUGUCUUAUAAUGCAACGUAAACAUACUUUGUAAAUAGAAUUUUUUAGAAUAAAAGAAGUAUACUUGUAGAUAGCUAAAGUAACUCUUGUUGAUCAUGUA